GUCAAUCACAGCAGGCCGUCUCUCCAGCAGAACGCGGAUCAUUAAGAGCUUCGGAAUAACGGAGAGGUAGAUUCAUUCAAGCGGUCGGAGGUCUACCGGAACUAAAGUGCUCAUGUGUUAUUCGGUACCGGACASCGGAGACGGUCCGUGACGUCCCAGUGGAGGAGCUGAAGCGGCCGGAGCGGAAUGCAUCUCCGGAGCGGUGAACCUGUUGUCUGUGGUCCAGCAGCACAAAGCGGCCUGUGAAGCGGGCCCUCUCCGGUUCCUCCCUCCGAGCUGACGGAUGAUGCUCAAACAUGUCGGGCAAUUAUUUCAAAGGCCACGAAGUCAGCUGCUGCAUCAAAUACUUCAUCUUUGGAUUCAACAUCCUGUUCUGGCUGCUGGGCAUGGCCUUGGUUGGAAUUGGACUGUGGGCCUGGAGUGAGAAGGGGGUUCUAUCCAACAUCUCAUCCAUCACAGAUCUGGGGGGUCUGGACCCCGUCUGGCUCUUCAUGGUGGUUGGAGGGGUCAUGUUCAUUCUGGGCUUUGCAGGAUGCAUUGGAGCACUUCGAGAAAACACGUUUUUACUUAAGUUUUUCUCUGUGUUUCUUGGAAUCAUCUUCUUCUUGGAGCUGACGACGGGAAUCCUGGCCUUUGUCUUCAAGGACUGGAUCAAAGACCAGCUAAACCUGUUCAUCAACAAUAACAUCCGGGCCUAUAGGGAUGACAUCGACCUGCAGAACCUUAUUGAUUUCACUCAGGAAUAUUGGGAGUGCUGCGGAGCUUUUGGAGCAGACGACUGGAAUCUGAACAUCUACUUUAACUGCACUGAUGGAAACCCCAGCCGGGAGAAGUGUGGAGUUCCUUUCUCCUGCUGCACCAAGGACCCAGCGGAGGACGUGAUCAACACUCAGUGUGGAUACGACAUCAGAGCCAAACCAGACUCGGAGCAGAAGGACUAUAUCAACGUGAAAGGCUGUGUUCCUCAGUUUGAGAAGUGGCUGCAGGACAACCUGACCCUGGUGGCUGGCAUCUUCAUUGGAGUCGCGUUACUUCAGAUCUUUGGGAUAUGUUUGGCCCAAAACUUAGUGAGUGACAUCGAGGCAGUGAGGGCAAGCUGUUUCUUUACCUAAAGGAGUUUCUUCUAACAGCUCCAGCUUUGAAUGGAUCAGGAAGCCUCUUAGAGAACCACCGAACCUUUGUCAUGUCCAUCACUGAACCUUCGUCAUGUCCAUCACUGAACCUUCGUCAUGUCCAACACUGAACCUUCGUCAUGUCCAACACUGAACCUUCGUCAUGUCCAUCACUGAACCUUCGUCAUGUCCAUCACUGAACCUUCGUCAUGUCCAUCACUGAACCUUCGUCAUGUCCAUCACUGAACCUUCGUCAU